AGCAGGAAGGGAGUCUUGGUGCCAAACUGCAGGUUAAGAAAGAAAAAGGUAAGAAAGAAACUGAGGUAGGGUGAAUCCCCUUACUACCGCAUUCUUUUCAAUGAAAGCUUGCUUUUUCUUGCUCCCUCAUUGUCUUUGCCAUUUCCCCAAAUUUCAAGUCUUCUUCCUCUGAUGUUUUUCUUCUUCUUCCCUGCCUCUUUCUGUGUUACUGCAAUUCUUAUUUUCUCUUCCCUCUUUCAUUUCCUUUCAUUCAUUUUGGGGAUGGGCAGUAUGCUGGCUGCUUGUGGGGGAUGGGUCAGAGCUUAGAAUAAACCCCACUUACACUCCCAUAUUAACUCCCCACCCCCAAUGUACACAUAAGAGUGCAAAAAGAUGGUGACAUACAGCAUCAUCCUAUGCUUGUCUACUCAGAAGCAAGUCCCAUUCAGUUCAAUGGGACUUCUAGAUAAAUUGAUACAGGAUUUCACAGGAUUCAAUCCUAAGGACAUGCUUAAUUGGGGCUGAGGAGCUCAAUGGGGCUUACUUCCGAGCUAUCCUCUACGCACUUUGGAGUAAGAACCACUGAAUUUAAUGGAUCAGACUCCUAAAUAUAUAUGCAUAUAUAUGCAUAAUUAACCAAGUUAUGUGGAGAUGCAGGGUUUGAACUCUCUAACCCCUGCACUAGCUGUCCACAGAAAGUUAUUUACACUCUCAACCAUUUAUUUGGAAACCUGUACUUUUUUUCUAGGGAAAUGCAUGCCCCUAAACAUUUUGUGAAUCUCUGUACUUUUGUCCAUUUACUGUAUUUCUUUUUCCCUAUUUGAGCUAUAAAAUGGUGCUUUUCUUGAGUCAAAAUAAGAGUACCCCUAAACAUUUUUUUAAGAAAAAAAGCACUGAGUAUUACAAAUGUUAAUACAUUAUGCAUUGCAAUUAGUACUAUACUAGAAGUACUGCUAGUAUAUUAUUAAUGCUACUACACCCCUAUACUAGUAGUAACAUUACCCUAGCAGCAUUGUUAAUACUAAUGAUAAAUAUUAUUAGCACCACUAGAUUAUCAAUGAUGAUAAUAAUAAGUAUGCUACCUUCCCCCUUUUCGCGCUCUUCCCGGGUUUCGCGAUGUGCUUCUUGAAGCCCCGCCCCUUCUUCUAAGUCUCUAGGCCCCUCCCCCGUAGGCUAAUUCCAGCGCUCCAAUUGGUCCUGCCCCUCCUAUGUAUAGAAACGAAGUCUCUGGGAGCCGCCCUUCAGCGGGAGCAACUGCGCAUGCCUGGGCGUUCUUUUGCCCGGGUCCUCGUGCAGCAGGAGUUGCUGUUGGGCGCGAGACAGCGAAGCGAAGCGGAUUGCAGUUUCUACCUACCUGCAACCAUUGCUGGGAUCACACAGGCAGACCUCAUGGCUGACGACAGAGUGACUAGCCGCUCGCCAGAGAGAAGGCCAGUUCUGGUCUCAUCUACUUCAUCCUCCAAUGAGCCCACCUCUUCGGGGCUCUCCGGCAGCCUCCAGCCUUUCUUCCUGGGCCGCACUUGCGCACCAAGCAACCUCCUUUCCCUCACGGUGCCCGUGCGCUUGGACAUCCUCUAUGUCCUCAUUAACGCUGCCAGAGGGGCACAGUGCCUCCCUCCUCCAGCACCCAUUCAUGACAGCGCUCAGGCCUCUUUCUCCACAUGUCACGAGGCACCUGCUCAGUGCGCCAUGAACUGCUGCCACCGACCGGCUUGCUGUUGUGUGCCAGGCUGCGCCAGUGGGCAGCACCAGCCUAACGGAGCCCAGCAGUGCGGAGCGGCUCCUGGAGGAUACGGCAGCCACAGAGGGCCAAAUGGUGGAGUCCUAGAGCGACAAAACGAUGGGCGCCAUUGGAACAGCGCUGCCGAAAGAAAUGGUGGGAGCAGCAGGUCUGACUACAGCCAGCCACACGCAGCAGGGGGUUGGAACAGAGCCCUGCCCCACACAGGCUGGAGGGGGAGCCAAAGAGGAGAAGGAGAGCAUGGGAAUGGGGGUCGUUGGCAAGACAAGCGGCAGGAUUUUGACAGGGCUUGGGGCAACCGGAGGCAAGGCGCUGUCGAAUCAGGCUCUUGGAACUCAGGGCCGCAAGGGUGGAGGAGAGGAGGGUCUUCUUUUGGGUCCAGCGCUAGCAGCAUGAAAAGGAACCAGGAAGGGAGCCGCUGGCAGAAUGCGCAGGAUGCCCCAGAAGCGAAAAGAUGUAUGUUUGGCGCCCGUGAGUGGCAGAAGACCCAAGGCACUGGGGAUUCUGCUGGCUUUGUAGGCAAGGCUGUGGAUGCUGGACCGGCCAAAUCCGUAGCUCUGGAGGUUGGGGAAGACUGGGAGGCUGAGUAUGAGAGUGAGCCAGCAGUCCCUGCUGCUACAGAGGGUGCUCCGGAUGCUUCCCACCAGGAUGACAAGUCCGACUCUUGCAAAGUAAGCGAUGAUGCGGAAGGUGAAUGUGUUACAUCUGCCCAUCCACCCAAACCAGAGCUCUCUGUUUCUCCCCUUCCAAGGUCUGAUGUGAUGAACCAGGGAGCGUCAGAUGCCAGGGGGAAGGAAUGUGCUGCGGAUUGGAGCAGCAAGGAAGACAGGUUUGCCACCUACCUGAAGAACCUUUAUUCUGAUGUGCCGGAGAAGUCCAGCUCCGAAGGCGACACAGAUCUCGCCGUCGGCAUAGCUGUUGAUCCCCUGACACUGGAUGAGGAGGAGCAGUCCCGAGAGAAUGCAGCUGGCUCUCCUUGCGCUGGAGACGUUUGGGCCGAGUCAGCCACAUGUAGCUGUCGGAGGUGUUUUGAAAAAAGGGUCUCGGCUCAGCUAAGACGAGAGAGAAGAGCAGCAAGGGAAGAGGCUCCUGGGGUCUGCAGCUGCUGCUCUCAGAAUUGGACGAGGAUGUACAGCUUCAUGGGUGGGGGCUUGUUCUGUGCCUCUCUGGGGAACAUCCUCCUGGUGGUGUCGACGGUGACAGACUACUGGAUGCAAUACCGAUUGGCAGGUGCCUUUGCUCACCAGGGACUCUGGAGAUACUGCUUUCCUGGCAAGUGCUACAUGCAGCUGGAGAGCAUUGUCUUAUUCCCUGCAGCCUACUGGAAUGCCACCCGGGCCUUCAUGAUCCUCUCUGCCCUCUCUUGUUUCGCUGGCAUCAUCACUGGCAUCUUUUCCUUCGCCCAGUUCUCCGCUUUCCAGCGCUUCAACAGAUCCUUUGCGGCCGGCGUCCUGUUCUUCGUUUCCACGCUCUUUGUCCUUCUGGCGAUGGGGAUCUACACUGGGGUCACGGUCAACUUCCUUGGCAAGCGAUUUGGCGAGUGGCGUUUCUCCUGGUCUUACAUCUUGGGCUGGGUUGCCCUCCUGAUGACUUUCUUUGCAGGUAUAUUUUACAUGUGUGCCUACAAGAUGCACAAAUGCCAGCAACUGGCUGUGAACCGCUAGGAUUUCGGCACCCACCAUGGCUCUGCAAUGUUUAAAGAACUGACGUGUGAGAGGUAGAGAAUGGUGUUGUGUGAAAAAAAGAGAAAUGGCUCUUUAAGAAAUGAUCAUCAUUUGAAGCAAAGAAGCUCAGCUGGAAUCCCAUGGUUCAGAUUUCAGCCCAGCUAUGCACUCACUGGGUGACUCAACAUCAAUGACUGCAAUACAGAAAUAAUGACACUGGCCUACCUUACAGGGUUGUUGUAAGGCUUACUGUAUGGUGAUGCACAAGAAAUGUUUGGAGAAGGGGCUUUUCCUGGGAAGGAAGCAAAGCAGUCAAAGAAGAGCUUCAGUGCACAUUGUGGAGCUGCUGAAAGCCUUGAUCCAUUAAAAAAAACCCACUGGUAA